CGCCCUCAGAACUAUCACACCUUCUUAGAUGGAAGAACAGCCGCAGUUGCUCAAGCGGGCGAGGCUCGAUCCUGACGAUUCUCGGGCAGACAUCGCUUCCGACAAUGGCAUCGCCCCCGUCCGACCGCCGUCUCAGCUACAGCCUGAGUCCCAACAGUUCUUCACUCGGGAUGAAAAGUACUGGUUUGAGGAUGGGAACAUCAUACUCUCGGCGCGCAACGUCGGCUUCAAAGUGUACAAAGGCCUACUCGCCGAGCACUCCGCCGUAUUCCGCGGGAUGUUUGUUGUGGCACAAGGCGCGCACGCCGCGGGAGAGCAAGCUGACGGCUGCCCGGUAGUUCCUCUCGACGACUCUCCAGACGAUCUGCGGGAGCUAUUCCGGAUCAUAUACCCCUUGACCUCCAACGUCAGCCUAGAUAGGGGCACCGUCGACAUGGACAUGCUCUCUGCGGUCAUACGCCUCGAUCACAAGUAUGAACUCCCUGCGCUGCAGCCGAAAGCCGUGGGGUUUCUGACGACGUACUAUACGUCACGCUUCAGGAGCUGGGCGAAUGGUGCACAUGCGCUCCAAUGGAAGCCUCAGCCCCUCGACGCUAUAAGCGCCAUCGCCAUUGCGCGCUUGACGCACACCGCAUCGAUCCUUCCCACCGCCUUCUACGAGCUUUGCACUUUGAAAGCAUCCCAAGUGCUCCGAGGGCGUCCGCGCAAGGAAGGCAGUUUCGAGAAGCUUUCCGAGAACGACGUCGAGCUGUACCUGGGGCUGCGGGACACGUUCGCGUACUACAACAUACACUCCGCGUUUCGCCUCUUCAGAACUCAGUCGAAGGAUUGUAUCUAUGGAUCAGACCCCGCAUCGGCUUGCGCCAUAUAUCUCAGGGGUGUUCUGGAUCAAUCGGGGCUCUCCAAUCUUCCUCACUUGGUGUCGUCUCUUCGUGCACUUGACAGCUGGCUCAAAAACGUCGCCGAGUACAAGCCCCCGAAGGACAAUCUUACUCCUCCUGGGCUGUGUCGCCAUUGCAAGAGCAACAUCGAGACGCGCGAUAUAGAUCUACGGCACCAAAUUUGGGGCCUCCUACCGGAUGCUGUGGGCGUCACUAUCGAAGGCUGGGAUGCUGGUUCAUAACGGCCUAAUGACCGGGCUUUCCUAACAUGACGUUACAUAGUGCUGUUGUUCUGCACGAGUGGAUCAUAUUCCGCACCGGAGGACUCGC